GGAGGCUUUAUUUUUUUCCUUCCCUCUUUCUCUCCCCUGGUCCUCAUCUCUCGAUCUCGGAGAGAAAGACAACAAUGGCGGAUUCCGCUUCGAUCCCGAACACACCAUUGCUGAAGGACGAGCUCGACAUCGUGAUCCCGACGAUCCGGAACCUGGACUUCUUGGAGAUGUGGAGGCCCUUCUUCCAGCCGUACCACUUGAUCAUCGUUCAGGAUGGGGAUCCCUCGAAGACGAUUAAGGUCCCCGAGGGGUUCGACUACGAACUGUACAACCGGAACGACAUCAACCGGAUCUUGGGUCCCAAGGCCUCCUGCAUCUCCUUCAAGGACUCGGCUUGCCGCUGCUUCGGCUACAUGAUCUCCAAGAAGAAGUACAUCUACACCAUCGACGAUGACUGCUUCGUUGCUAAGGAUCCAUCUGGCAAAGAGAUCAAUGCACUUGAGCAGCACAUAAAGAAUCUCCUCUGCCCUUCGACUCCCUUCUUCUUUAACACUCUUUAUGAUCCCUUCAGGGAUGGUGCAGACUUUGUUCGUGGAUACCCUUUCAGCCUUCGAGAAGGUGUUUCAACUGCUGUUUCUCAUGGACUUUGGCUCAACAUUCCUGACUAUGAUGCUCCCACUCAGCUUGUCAAGCCUCGUGAGAGGAACACCAGGUACGUGGAUGCAGUUCUCACAGUCCCCAAGGGGACUUUGUUUCCCAUGUGUGGGAUGAAUCUGGCUUUUGACCGUGAACUGAUUGGCCCUGCAAUGUACUUUGGACUUAUGGGUGAUGGCCAGCCUAUUGGGCGUUACGAUGAUAUGUGGGCUGGUUGGUGUACCAAGGUGAUCUGUGACCACUUGGGUUUGGGUGUGAAGACCGGACUACCCUACAUCUGGCACAGCAAGGCCAGCAAUCCUUUUGUGAACUUGAAAAAGGAGUACAAGGGUAUCUUCUGGCAAGAAGAGCUGAUUCCAUUCUUCCAGUCCGCUGUCCUUCCAAAGGAUUGCACCACCGUUCAGAAAUGCUACAUUGAAUUGUCCAAGCAGGUAAGAGAAAAGCUCGGGAAGAUUGAUCCUUACUUCGACAAGCUUGCAGAUGCCAUGGUUACAUGGAUUGAGGCUUGGGACGAGCUCAACCCAUCUGGAGCUGCUGCUGAAAAACCCAAUGGCACAGCCAAGUGAAACAAAGUAGGCAAUAUGGACAUCUUUACCAUUCCCUUAUCUUAUUAGUAUUUAUGGACGUAAACCUUAGAUGUUAUUCUUAUUGUUUUUUACACAUUACUCAAUUCUCUAAGCUUCAUUGUGAGGCUUGGGUUGUUUUUGCAGUUGGAUAUUGUAAUCUUUUUCAUAGUUGGAGACAAUAAAGUAUUUUAUGCUGUGUUUUUAAAGUCAC